CACAGGAACACAUCCAACACGACGACGCCAUGCUCCGCCAAUCCUUGUUGCGGCCAAGUCAGUGGCGCGUCCGCCGUGCACAGCACUUUUCAAAUGUGAGCAUUGGCGGUGUCACUGCGCCGCAAGGCCAGGUGAAGGAGGCUCAACUUGUGCCCAAGGGCUUCGCCAACCGUAACGCUGAUGGCGAACCGCACUUCACUCAAGAAACGCUUGAGCAUCUGCGUUGGAUGCUGCAGAAGGAUCUCCUUGGCCAGGACAUGUUUUUGAUCGGACCUCCCGGCCCCGCGCGACGUCGUUUAGCGCUUCAAUUUUGCGAAAUCAUGCAGCGCGAGGUCGAAUACGUUGCGAUAUCGCAAGAUACAACGGAAUCCGACUUGAAACAACGCCGCGAGAUUCUCGGUGGGUCGGCCAUCUUUGCUGAUCAAGCUCCCGUGCGUGCUGCCAUCCACGGGCGCGUAUUGAUCUUGGACGGUCUGGAAAAGGCCGAGCGAAAUGUCCUGCCUACGCUCAACAACUUGCUCGAAAACCGGGAAAUGGCAUUGGACGAUGGCCGGUUCCUCAUGCAGGCGUCGAGCUAUGAUGCGUUGCUCGCAAAGGGGUAUACUGCCGCUCAGCUGGAAGCUCGGAACCUGCUGCGUGUCGACCCUGCCUUCCGCGUGAUAGCCCUCGGCGUACCCGUGCCUCCGUAUCCAGGUCGGACACUGGACCCGCCGCUUCGAUCGCGCUUCCAGGCCCGUCAAAUCUCGCCCCUGUCUCCUGGCGCGCAGUUGGAGAUUUGCUCAUCGAUUCCAGACGGGGAAAAACUCGUGUCGCUCGUGGAAGCCAUGCACGUGAUCGAGAACAACCAGGACGGCACGAUGGACCGAAUGCCGCACUUGAAUCCGUCGGUGGUCGAAUAUUGCGCCAAAAUGGCCGAGACGUUCCCGAACACGACGGACGUUCCCGCGCUGCUCGGGCGACUCUUUCCGCUGCACUUGACGUCGUGGAAAGCCCACAGCGAGACGUUCGAGAAGGUCCUGCGCACGUUCUUCCCGUUCAAGGCUGUUCAAGCCAAGGCGGCCCCAUUCGUAUUGACCCGGUCGACGACGGAUGGCGCGCAGACAACGUGGCUUCAGGUGGACAAGGGGAAAGUGGCCAUUGCUUCCGGUGCGCUGCCGUUGCACGAGCACGUGGCUGGUUUUGUAGAGACGAGCGCGCACCACCGUGUUGUGUUGGAUAUGCUCAAGGAUCAUGCGCUCGGGUCGGACAUGUGUGUACUCGGGCCAAAAGGAAGCGGCAAGUCGGCGCUGGCCCGCCUCUUUUGCGCCAAACUGGGCUACUCGACCGAGCUCUUUACCCUGUUCAAGGACAUGACGGCGCGAGAUUUGUUUCAGCGACGGGCAACCGAUAACGAUGGAAACACGACGUGGGAAGAGUCGCCGCUGCUCCAUGCGGCGCGACACGGCCGCGUUGCAAUACUCGACGGAGUCCAUCGGCUGAGUAGCGACACGUUGAGCACGUUGCAGCGCUUCGUUCAAGAUCGUGAGGUCGAUUUGGUGGACGGAACCAAGUUUGCAGCGUCGGUGACGGAUGUACAUCGGGGGGUCGUGAAGGUCCAUCCGUCGUUUCGGAUCGUGGCGCUGGCCGAAGUCACGGCAGCGCACCCGUGGCUGACGUCCGAAACCCUGACGUUGUUUCCGUUCCAUGCGGUCCCAACUUUGACAAGACGCGACGUCACCAAGGUGCUGGCGGACCUGUGCCCCACCCUACCCAAAGCCAUCGCCGCAACUCUCGUCGACUUUUGGCACGAAGUGCAGCUCCACCCCGAUGUGUCUCUGUCGCUGCGCCAACUCCUCCGCAUGGCCCGACGCUUGGACGCGUUUCCAGGCACGGCAUCUCGCGACCUUCGCCACUUGGUCGAAGACACGACCAUGAUGCACUUCCUCCCGAACGCAAGUGUCAUGGAAGGGUUACUCGACAAGUGCAACAUCAAGCAAGCCGCCCGACAAGACAAGCUCGAGGAUAUCCAAUUCGUCGACACUCCCGACUCGCUGACGGUGGGCAAUGUCGUGUACAACAUCGUGAAAUCGGACGCCCCUCGCGUCGAACUCAUCCCGCAGCCGCGCUACUUUCCCAUUCCCAAGCAUGCCAUCGUGAUGCGCCAAAUGCUGCAGGAUAUUGUAUCGGGUCAGCCGCAUUUACUUUUGAUCGGAAACCAAGGCGUGGGGAAAAACAAAGUCGUCGACCGGCUGCUGCAGCUCAUGCACCAAGAGCGAGAAUAUGUGCAGCUCCAUCGCGACACCACUGUGCAAACGCUGACGCUGGUGCCGUCGAUGGAGAGCGGAAAGAUCACGUGGGAAGACAGCCCGCUCGUUCGCGCUGUCAAGUUUGGGCGGACGCUGGUCGUGGACGAAGCCGACAAGGCACCGCUCGAGGUGGUAUGUGUGCUCAAGGGGCUGAUUGAGGACGGCGAAAUGCUCUUGGGCGACGGUCGGCGCAUCGUGGACCCGACCGAAGUGCCAGUGGACAGCGCCAACGACAACGUCAUCGUGAUGCACCCUCGAUUUCGCAUGUGGGUGUUGGCCAACCGUCCCGGGUAUCCGUUUCUCGGCAACAACUUUUUCAGCGAAGUCGGCGACAUCUUUGCGACGCACGUCAUCGACAACCCAGACCCAGCGUCCGAGCUCACGCUGCUGCAAGCGUAUGCCCCGAGUGUGCCCCAAGACGUGCUCAAGCGCCUCUGUGCGGCGUUUUCCGAACUGCGUGGGAUGGUCGAGGAAGGCACCAUUGCGUACCCGUACUCGACGCGCGAGGCGGUCGCGGUCGCCAAGCACUUGGAAGCAUUCCCCAUGGACGGGGUAUCGCAAACGCUGGAGAACGUGCUCGCGUUUGAUGCAUACGACCCGUCGCUGCGCCAGCGCCUAAGCGACGUGUUUGGCCGUCAUGGAGUUCCGCUGGUGUCGGCCACCACACGAGUGCUUCCGUCCAUCGCGGUCGCCCCGGUCUCGCCGCUUCCGACGUUCUCGGUGACGGAAACGUGGACGUUGGGGCGAUGCGGGCGGCACGAACCCGUGCGAGUGGAUACGUCGACGUUGAAAUCGCGACGGAUUUAUGUCGAACCGCCGACGUCGCGGACGUUCUCGGUCACUCCGUGCCGAUUGAGCACGUUCUCGGAAGAGAUGUCGUCCUGGCACGUGCCGUUGUGGGCCCAACAAUCGGCCGUCGCGAUGGCGGUCUUGCCUGACGGAUCCAUCCACGUAUUGACCAAACAGCCACUGGGAGUGCAUUCGUUCUUUGGGGCAGAAUCAAGCCAAAGGCUGCACUUGUACUCGGAGCUGGAAGGGUAUGGCUACAGCAAGUCGGAAGCCCACUUGAUGGGUUGGAGCAACUCGUUGGUGUUGCACGUCCCUGCGGCAGGUACGACGGCCUCAACGAGAAUCGUUCUUGCAAUGUCGUCGUGUGCAGAUCUGCUCGUGGUCAUGUCGGCAAAGCACAACGUGUUGGAGUCGAGGGCGCUUUGUCGUCUCAAGCCGAAUCAAGACGGGGUGUUUCAGUGGAAGUCUGACACAUCGUCGAUCCAAGUCUUGUCAGGCUUGCUAGACGACCACGAUUUGCUUGUUCGGUACAUCCCGGGGCACAAUGCCGUGCAAGCCAUCGAGAUGACGUCGAUGAAAGCGCACACCAUGUCGCUGCCUUUCCAUGUCGAGCGCGUCCACUUGGUUUCAAACACGACGUGGCACGUACAUGACACCCAUGGCAACGUGCACAUGCUUCACAUCAAGUCGCCUCACGACGCCGACGUCGAGCGGAUUCAGAUUUCGUCCGUAGGCAAGGCGAUUCCGACCUCCAAGGCUGUCCACUCGCACAGCAAUCGGUUCACCCACCCCGAAGCAUACGUGCAAGUGAUACAAGCCGACGGUCGCAGUCGGAAGAGCGUCUUGACGUCGCCGCGGGCCGCCAAGUCGAACGUGAUCCAGUCGCUGGGGUGGAACGACAAGUUGGCAAAUGUAGUGGCGACGGACGUGCUGUUGGAAGUUGUCGACUUGAACAAGUCGGUGUUUCGACACAUCCCAAAGCCCCACGACGCAUCGGCCGUGACCGCUUUGGCCGUGCUUCCAUCGACCGAGAACGUGCUGAGUUUGCAGCGAAACGGGCAACUUCGUGUGUGGCAAGUGGAUGAUGCCGCACUUCACGCCGAUCUCGAGACGUGGAAAGCCAUGUUUAGCUACCAUUCGAUGCAAGGUGUCCGAGACAUGCUCGAGUUGAAAUACCUGCCACACGGCACGUCUGUUCCCAAGACCGACUCGUCGCUGCCGAAGCACGGCAAAGAAGACCCGGACAACACUCCCCACGUCGGUGGGAAUACGUGGGCUGGCGGAACUGGUGGCUCCGACACGGCGGGCCUGGGUGGUCGAGGCGGACCGUAUCGGUUGGACAAGGGCCACCGCGUCCAUCAGAUUUCCCAGGAGAAAAAGGACCAAGUGACCAAAGAAGCGCGGGAAAAGGCAAAGGCCAUGGCCGACGCCGCGCUGGCGGAGCAACUUCGACGAAUCGACAUGACCAACCACGAGUUUGCCACGUACCAAACGUACUUUGAUCGCGUCGGUGCGGAGACGUCCCAGCUGCGACAUAUUCUAAAGAACGUCGAGCAGCAGUCAGACGAGCGCGGGUGGCUCAAGCAUCAGUCGAGCGGCGAGUGGGACGACUCGAAGCUCGUGGACGGCCUGAGUGGCGAGCGCAACGUGUUCAAGAAGCGCGGGAAGGACCCAUUUGCACUCCAGAUCCAAACGCAGCCCAAGAAACUCGUCUUUGUCAUGGACCUGUCGGGGAGCAUGUACCGCUUCAAUUCUCAAGACAUAUCCUUUUUCACAUGCAUCUUGCCGCGCUCCAUCGACGUUCGCACGGUUCCUUGACCGGUCUAGAGUACGGGCGUUUGGAGCGCAUGCUGGAGACGUCGUUGAUGUUAAUGGAGAGCCUUGCAGAGUUCGAGACCAAAUUCGACUACGCCAUCAUGGGCCACAGCGGAGACUCUCCUGCGAUUCCGUUUGUGUCGUUCGGCAGUCCGCCCAAGACCAAGAAAGAUCGCCUCAAGAUUUUGGAAAAAAUGGUCGCGCACUCGCAGUACUGCAGCAGUGGCGACCAUACUGUCGAAGCGAUUGCCGACAGCAUCAAGCAUGCCAAGGCCGCUGCCGGCGACGACGAGUCGUUCGUGUUUGUGUUGUCCGAUGCGAAUUUGAAUCGAUAUGGCAUCACGCCGCAAGAAAUGUCGCGAGCGUUGAUGAAGGAUUCGUCCGUGUCGGCGCAUGCUAUCUUCAUUGCGUCGCUGGCAGACGAAGCGACUCGGAUCCUCAAGCAUUUGCCCCAAGGAAACGGCCACGUCUGCCUCAACACGACCGACUUGCCUCACGUGUUCCAACGGAUCUUUAAAUCGAAUGUUACAAAGGAGUAGAUGGAACGGCAUCCCACCACCCACUUGUCCCUCA